AUGGCUGAAAUAGUCUAUCAAAUUUUUACAUGGCCUUUAAAAACAUUUCAGUCACCAUCUGCUGUUAGGAGAAGAAAUAAACCACCAGGAAAAAGAUUAGCUGAUAGAAGAAUAUCAUGUAAAGAUCUGGGUAAAGGUGACUGUGAAGGCUGGCUAUAUAAAAGAAAGACUAGAGAUAGAGGACCUUUAACUAAACAUUGGGUUAAAAGAUGGUGUAUAUUAAAAAAUAAUAAUUUAUAUUAUUACAAAGAAAAAGACGAUUUGAAAGCAGAAGGUGUUAUACAUUUACUGGCUUUUCAAGUAUCCCCUGCCACAGACAUUAAAACUAAAAAAUUUGCAUUUAAAGUUCACAAUGCAGGAACCACAUUUUAUUUUGGUUCAGAAAGACAAGAAGAUAUGAGCAAGUGGAUGAAUAAAAUGGGACUUGCUGCUAUCAAUUUUGACACUAGUAAUAUUAUGACUACAGGUGGCUUUAUUAAACCAGAAACUACUGUUAAAGCCCAAGGUUAUGGUGUUCAAAAUAUGUACUAUAGUGAAAGUGAAGAAGAAAAUGAUGACAAUGGGUCAUCUAUGACUGACAGUUGUUUAUCUUUAGCUAGUACCACAUCUAAGGACAGUGUCGCUACAUUAACUCCCUCUACACAGAACUCUCCAGAAAGACAAACUAAAGAUGCUGGUACAAACGAUGACCUUCAAGUCAUGAUUCGAAAUAUCCAGAAAUCUGAUCUUACUAUUGAUGGUGUUGAUCGUAAUAAAACCAGACGCAGUCAGAUUAAGUCUGUUGAUCUGCUCAAUGCCGCCUCCUCAGUAGAAAUAGAUAAACUUCGUAAACUUCAAUCACUUCAAAGAACUCUCAAGGCUAAAGAAAAUGAACUAAAUAGUAUAGAUAAAUUAUUAGCUGAUUCCAUUACUCCAGUUAAACUACAACAGUUUACAGAACAACACAAAGAUUUAAUAACCAAACGUAGAUCUUCACGCAAAGAUAAAAACGCUAAGUGA